GGGUUCGCUGUGUGCGAACGAAAUCUUAUCUUCUUCCCUGAAACUUUCCCUCUCAAAUCCUAUUCUUCUCAGGUUUCCUUUGAUUUUUUUUCUGCAAUCAUGGAGAUGGAGCGCGUCGUUGAAUUUCCCCACACUUACAUGGAUCGGCCCCCAAGAAAGAGGGCGCGAUUGGGCUGGGAUGUCCCUGAGGUCCCCAAGGCUCAGGUAGGAUUGUUUUGUGGACAAGAGGUUGAGAAUAUUUCAAGCUAUGCUCCUUCAGAACAUACCACUAGUUCUCUGUUUAAGGGAGUUGCUCGAAAUGGUUCUCCCCCAUGGCGAGAUGACGACAAAGAUGGCCAUUACAUGUUUGCGCUUGGAGAAAAUUUAACUUCUCGCUAUAAAAUCCAUGGCAAAAUGGGCGAAGGAACUUUUGGGCAGGUCUUGGAGUGUUGGGACAGAGAAAGGAAGGAAAUGGUUGCCAUAAAAAUUGUCCGUGCGAUAAAGAAGUAUAGAGAUGCAGCCAUGAUAGAAAUCGAGGUACUGCAACAGCUUGGGAAACAUGAUAAAGGUGGCAAUCGUUGUGUGCAAAUACGGAACUGGUUUGACUAUCGUAAUCAUAUCUGUAUUGUGUUUGAGAAACUUGGACCAAGCUUAUACGAUUUUCUUCGGAAAAACAAUUAUCGUUCAUUUCCCAUUGAUCUUGUCCGUGAGAUUGGCAGACAACUGUUGGAAUGUGUAGCAUUCAUGCAUGACUUACACAUGAUCCAUACUGACUUGAAGCCUGAAAACAUACUUCUAGUUUCAUCAGAGUAUCUUAAAAUUCCUGAUUACAAGAGUUCAUCUAGAUCACCAAGUUCCUUUUUCAAGAGAGUGCCCAAGUCAAGUGCUAUAAAGGUUAUUGAUUUUGGCAGCACUACAUAUGAACGAGAUAAUCAGAACUACAUUGUAUCAACACGUCAUUAUAGGGCACCUGAAGUUAUUCUUGGACUUGGGUGGAGCUACCCAUGUGAUAUAUGGAGUGUGGGUUGUAUAUUGGUUGAGUUAUGCACUGGUGAAGCUUUGUUUCAGACUCACGAAAAUUUAGAGCAUCUUGCCAUGAUGGAGAGGGUGCUUGGUCCAAUACCACAGCAGCUGUUGAAGAAAGUUGACCGACAUGCUGAUAAGUAUGUCCGAAGGGGUAGAUUGGACUGGCCAGAGUGUGCAACCUCGAGGGAGAGUAUUAAAGCUGUGACGAAGCUUCCUCGACUACAGAACCUUAUAAUGCAGCAUGUUGAUCAUUCAGCUGGAGAUCUUAUACAGCUUUUGCAGGGGUUACUUAGAUAUGACCCCUUUGAAAGACUUACAGCUAGGGAUGCUCUGAAGCAUUCCUUUUUUGUGAGAGAUCACCUUGGGAGAUGAUUAGGCAUCUGAAUGAACAAUGGGUAGGGGUUUAAGUGAUAGAUCAGUCAAAUACAAAUAUGGCUUCAAGAAGGGAGAAGCCUAUCUGCCUGCUCAGUGAAUAUUUACAUCUUAGGCUAGUGUGAUGAGUGAGGAUGGUUAUUCAGCAGCACUUCCACUGCUCGAAGCCUAUUUGUCCCUAGGGGUCUUUGUUCUUUAAAAAAUUGAUCGAGUGUAUUCUUACUAACCCGUCGUCUGAAUUCAGUGUACAGAGCUCAUGUAGAUUCUUAAGUGAAAAGUGAGACAUUAUCCAUGGCAUUACCUAGAUAUGAUAUUUUUUUUUAAAAAAUUUCUCUAAUUUCAGGAAAUGUUUUUGAGGUUGCACAACUUUAACAACACUAGAACGUUGAAGGGAGGGGAGUAAAUAGGCGGGGUUGGCUAAAUAGGAUAAUCCUAUGGAAAAUAUUUUAAGCCAGGUUUGUUCUGUUAGUUUUGUAUAUAUUCAAAUUAUAAAUUUGGUUUUUUAUAUUUAAAAAAUAAAAUUUUAGCUUAGUUGUGUUAGUCUGUUUAAGUCUAUUAUGAGUUUAGUAAUUAAAAAAAUAAUUAAAAUAAUUAUUCAAUUAUUCAAAGGCUUGAGUGUUUGUUUUUUUAAAAGAUAGUUAUAUUAUUUUAAAUGAGAGAAUAAGCAAUGGAAAUUAUAGGAUAGGAAU